UGACAAUGUACUCCCGAACAAGGGUCAAUAAAGAUCGCCCCAAACAUGUCAAAGUAGAGAACUGGUGGGACGAAGCCGUACAUAAUUUGUUCUAUUUAUCUUCUUCUUUCUUCUCUUUUUUUUCAUUCGAAGUUUGUGUACAGUAGCCAAGGCACAUAUAACCGACUGAACCAUCAUUCUUCGCGUGUACGUGUGUACAAGGAAGAUUUACCGGCUUACGGAUAACAUGUAUUUCGGGACGUUUGACUACAAUAAACAUUGCGUUUUGUUUGAUAAGGUAUAGUGUUCGUUUCACAUGUAAUUAACAGAGGUGUCGAAAGCAAAGGAACAUUGUGGAGAACCAUUCGUGUGUUAUGCUUCAACGAGACAUAAAUAUGAUUGUCUUAUGUUCAUAGUCCUACGACUGGGGGCACAAAGGACUGCACCAGGAUUUGACAAAUAUAAAAGCAAUGCCGACUCUAACCAUUUUAUGACGUCACGUGAAUGGCUGCCAUCACGACCACCAUGCCUCAAAUACGGUAUUACCAUCAUGGCCGCUACUAUCGUCCAGCUCGAUCAAUGCCCCUGCUGCCCCCACUAUCGCUCGUACCAGCAGUCGACCCAUCCGAUCACCAUAAGCUCAAGCUGGGCUGCCUCGACGAUGACGAAGCGAUAGUCAGGCGAUGGAGAACGACGAGGGAGAAGGAGUUCCGAUGGAUGAUUCGAUAUAUCGGCGAGAAUCUGACGGGAGAAAAUAUCGCCGAUAUGAGAUUUCUAUGCAGAGACCACAUCCAGCCGCCCGAGGUUCUCCGCCAGGCGAUGAAAGGUGCUCGCUUGAUGACCAUCCUCGAAAGGCACCGUCUUCUCGCCGAAAACAGUCUUUUCUUUCUCCAGACCCUGCUCUACUACAUCGCCCGACCCGACCUCUACGAGCUCGUGGUUGAAUACCGUACGAAGAGACAGAAUGACAUGCGGAAGAUAGGCGUAGAGAUCAUGUAUGAAAUGAACCCACCCAAUGAUAAAGGUGUCACCCUCAGUAAAGAGCUAAAGUCUUUUCGGAAGAGUCUGAAGCCACGAUCACGAUUCAACACCGUCGACGUCCAGGCCAUGCUGAAGAGGAUGUCGGAACUGAAGGCGGAGAUGAAAUCGCAGCUCCCGAAGACCCUCGACCGCGGGUAUGCGGAGUCGACGAUGUCAGCGGCAACGUCAAGCGAUGACAGCGAAUGGGAGGAUGUCGAUACGGACGAUGACGGCGACGGCGAUAAGGAUCGUAGAGAUAGAACUUCUCGAGGCGAAACCGAGGCAGUGAAACGUGAGAGUCGUCGUCAUAUGAAAACAAAACUUGCGAGCGCAAUCAAGGGCGACGCAGAUGACUGCGAGAGAAAAGAGAGCGUACGUUUGCCGAAAAUUAUACCAAAAAGGAAGGUCGAGGUCGUCAAGACUGAUCAUGGUGGCGAGGACGAUUCCGAGGAUGACAACGUCGAUGAUGAAACUGUAGGAGACAGCAGACAGUCAGGUAUUCUUGUGAAUUCGUCACAAUCAAGUCGCAUUCAGGGACCUUCUAAGCCGAUCCAUAAUUUCACGCACAGAUCCAAAGAGUUUCUGGACAUGAAAGUCGCCGGCAAGCAGACUUACAGCGACGAUGACGUCAUCGCGUGCGUGCGUGACGUCAACAAGCUGACGAGCGCCCGCGUCAAUGAUCCGGACAAAGCUACUAACGAGGUCGUGUUGCCUACGGUUUCGUCGAAGAUGACUACGAAGGGUUUCACGAUGACGGCGGUCAAAGCCGUCCCAGUCAAAUUCAAAGUGCUACGACGAAAAUACCGAAUGGAUUCUCCUGGGCGGAGGGCGAGGAGAGUGGUGAAGAGACCCAAGGCACCAAAACCCCUGCCGCAAAUUAAAUUAGAAACUAAUCAAAGUGCUAAUCAUUUGGAUAGUUUAGCCCAGAUAAAGAGAACACAUAAUGUACCGAAGUACGUGCCGCAGAGAGUGAACUUUCUUCCCGAUAUCUACGACAAAUAUGCCCGAAAGUCCGUUUCCACGGCAUCAACGAAAGUAUCGACAAAACCGCCGACGAGUAGAAAGAGUAGAAAAAGAUGAAAGUUUCUGGGAAAUAUUGCUUAUGAUGUUGUAUUUUCUUAUAUAUGUAUAUGUUAUUUUAUUGUCUAAACUCACGUAACAUCCAAUCGAAAUAUGACAUAGCAAUAGGCCUAUAGUUCGGUUAAGUGACUUAAAUCCGUGAGCCGCCCCCCCCCCCCCCUCCUUCCCCAUAACGAGGAUGGGUGUGAGAAUGUGAGAACUGAAAGAGCCCAUUAUCCCUCAACCACACCCCCCCCCUCAAAAUUACGACAGCCUUUGCAGGAAGACUCGCUAAAGGGAAGAGGGGAGAGGGUUGUAAGUUUUCCAACAACGAACCCCCCCCC